UUUGUAGUUAUUCGCGCUUUAUUCGGCAACGCCUGGAGUUUAGAAGAGCUCCCAUUAUACAGAAGAUAAAAUCGCCAAACAUAUAAAUUAGUAUUAUUCUAAUUUUUUUGCAAUUCCAAUACAACAACUCGUGUCAACAUGCAUGUGAUAAAGCGAGAUGGGCGCGAAGAGCGUGUUAUGUUUGACAAAAUCACCUCCCGCAUCCAGAAGCUGUGUUAUGGACUCAACUCUGAUUUUAUUGAUCCAACCCAGAUCACAAUGAAAGUCAUCCAAGGUCUUUACAAUGGUGUCACCACAGUGGAGCUGGACACGCUAGCUGCAGAGAUAGCUGCCACCCUCACUACCAAACAUCCCGACUAUGCCAUCCUUGCUGCCCGCAUUGCCGUUUCCAACCUUCAUAAGGAAACAAAGAAAGUCUUCAGCGAUGUGGUGGAGGAUCUCUACAAUUAUGUCAACCCGCUAAACAAACGCCAUUCCCCCAUGGUUGCCAAGGAGACACUCGACAUUGUCUUAGAAAACAAGGAUCGCCUCAACUCUGCCAUCAUCUUUGACAGAGACUUCUCCUACAACUUCUUUGGAUUCAAGACACUGGAGCGGUCCUACCUACUGAAGAUUGAUGGGAAAGUUGCUGAACGACCCCAACACAUGCUGAUGAGGGUUUCAGUUGGUAUUCAUAAGAAUGACAUUGAUGCUGCCAUUGAGACUUACAAUCUGCUGUCAGAGAGGUGGUUCACUCACGCUUCCCCCACGCUCUUUAACGCUGGCACCAACCGCCCUCAGCUGUCCAGCUGUUUUCUGCUGGCCAUGAAGGAUGACAGCAUUGAGGGAAUCUACGACACUCUGAAGCAAUGUGCCCUUAUUUCCAAAUCAGCAGGAGGCAUUGGAGUGGCAGUCAGCUGCAUCAGAGCCACGGGCAGCUAUAUUGCUGGGACAAAUGGCAAUUCCAAUGGGCUUGUUCCCAUGCUUCGAGUGUACAACAACACAGCACGCUAUGUGGACCAGGGAGGAAACAAGAGACCUGGUGCGUUUGCUAUGUACUUGGAGCCGUGGCACUUUGACGUGUUUGACUUCCUGGAUCUGAAGAAGAACACCGGGAAGGAGGAACAAAGGGCCAGAGAUCUGUUCUAUGCUCUGUGGAUCCCUGACCUCUUCAUGCAGCGAGUAGAGAACAAUGAGGACUGGUCCUUAAUGUGCCCCAGUGAUUGCCCUGGACUGGAUGAGUGCUGGGGGGAGGAAUUUGAGAAGCUUUAUAAAAGGUAUGAGCAGGAGGGUCGGGUCAAGCGGGUAGUGAAGGCCCAGCAGGUGUGGCACGCCAUUAUUGAGUCCCAGACUGAGACCGGAACCCCUUACAUGCUUUAUAAGGAUGCCUGCAAUAGGAAGAGCAACCAGCAGAACCUGGGCACCAUAAAGUCCAGUAACCUCUGUACUGAGAUUGUAGAGUACACCAGCCAUGAUGAGGUGGCGGUGUGUAACCUGGCAUCCAUUGCUCUCAACAUGUAUGUCACACCAGAGAGGACGUUUGACUUCAACAAACUGGCUUAUGUCACUAAGGUCAUUGUCAAAAACCUCAACAAGAUCAUCGACAUUAACUACUACCCUGUGAUUGAGGCUGAGAACUCCAACAAGCGCCACAGGCCCAUCGGCAUUGGUGUCCAGGGUCUGGCCGAUGCCUUUAUCCUGAUGCGUUUUCCGUUUGAGAGCGCAGAGGCCCAGAAGCUCAACACUCAGAUCUUUGAGACUAUCUACUAUGCUGCCCUUGAGUCCAGCUGUGAGCUGGCUGCUGAGCAUGGCCCAUAUGAGACCUAUGCAGGGUCCCCUGUCAGCAAAGGGAUUCUUCAGUAUGACAUGUGGGAGAAAACCCCAACUGACCUGCUGGACUGGAAUCUUCUCAAGGAAAAGAUUGCCAAGCAUGGUGUGAGGAACAGUCUGCUGCUGGCCCCUAUGCCCACAGCCUCCACAGCCCAGAUCUUGGGCAAUAACGAAUCCAUUGAGCCCUAUACAAGCAACAUCUAUACCCGUCGAGUCCUGUCUGGAGAGUUCCAGAUUGUUAACCCCCACCUCUUGAAAGACCUGACAGAGCGAGGGCUGUGGAAUGAAGAGAUGAAGAACCAGCUGAUUGGUCAGAAUGGAUCAAUCCAGGGCAUUGCUGAGAUUCCAGAUGACCUGAAGGAGCUGUACAAGACUGUGUGGGAGAUCUCCCAGAAGACGGUCCUGAAAAUGGCAGCUGAUCGUGGUGCCUUCAUAGACCAGAGCCAGUCCCUCAACAUUCAUAUUGCUGAGCCCAACUACGGCAAACUCACCAGCAUGCAUUUCUAUGGCUGGAAGCAGGGUCUGAAGACAGGCAUGUACUACCUGAGAACCAAGCCUGCAGCCAACCCCAUCCAGUUCACCCUGAACAAGGAGAAGCUAAAGGAGUCUCAGUCAGCCAAGACUGAGAUGGAGAUCAAGGAGCUCAACAGAGCAGCUAUGGUGUGUUCCCUGGAGAACCGUGAUGACUGCCUGAUGUGCGGAUCUUAGACCUGCCCCUUAGUCCUGCUUCUGCUCUUUAUUUCAUUAACCAUGGCAGUGAACUAAACCACACAGGAUCAUUGACCAGUUGUAAAUUCAUUUUGAAACAACUGUCAUCGUUUAUGUGGGUAUUUUAAUAUAGCCUUUAGAGUGCUGUUCAUGGUUUAACUAAGCAAUUAUCUAUUUAUCGCUAUUGGGUGCACUGUCUGUGAAGCUGUUUGUCUGCUUGUUCUGUAUAGAAUUGAGAGGGUUUUCCCUUGAUUUUUGUGGUCUACUGUUAAUAUGUACAUCUCUGAAUCUCAUGUUGUUGAAUGAACCUCAACACUAUGUAGUGUAUAUUACAAUUAAUCUGUUUUACCUGUGGGGAAAUAAACGUUUUGUAAUUCA